AUGGAGCGUCUGAAGUUAGUACUGCAGUACUUCCAGUCCAAUUCUGAAUCCAUCUCUAAUGGGAUCUGUAUUAUCCUGGCCUUGGUCAGUGUCAAGCUCUACACUAGCUUUGACUUCAACUGUCCAUGCAUUCCUCAAUACAACAAACUGUACUCUCUGGGAGUGAUGAUCGUCCCGCCCAUCAUACUGUUCUUCCUGGGAGUCCUGGUCAACAGACAUACAGGCGUCAUGAUGGACGAGUGGAUGAGACCCAUUGGGAACAGAUCCAAAAAUCCUGCUGUGGUGAAGUACCUGUUCUCUGCCAUGAUCCAGAGGGCCCUGCUGGCCCCAAUGGUGUGGAUCCUGGUCACUUUGCUAGAUGGAAAGAUCUUCAUCUGUGCCUUCAGUCUGAGUGUAGACCCUGCUCUCUUCUCAGGUAUGCCUAACAAUACAGGUCUGGAUGUGGUCAAAAUCAUGGCCAAAGUGCCUUGUAAGGAGGACGUUAUCUUCACGAACAGCUCUUUCCGCAAAGCAGUCUCCCGUUAUGUUCGCUGCUAUUCACAAGCAGUUGGUUGGUCCAUCCUCCUCUUCCUGAUUGUACUGGGAGCGCUGGGGCGACUCAUCAAGCCCUGUUUCGAUGACCAUGCCACCUCCCUGCAGACACGUUACUGGAGCAACUACCUCGACGUGGAGCAGAAGCUCUUUGACGAAACCUGUGUUCUACAUGCUCGGGACUUUGCUCGGAAAUGUGUGGUGCAGUUCUUUGAAGACAUGAGGGAGGACACCAUACUCCGUCUCCCCCACCCACCCUUCAUCACCAAAUCCCGAGAGGAGUUGGAAGAUGAAGAAGAAGAGAGACUUUAUGGUAUAACCAAGCAGGAGCAGGUGAAUCAGCUGCUCAACAAGUGGUACUACAGUAAACCUAAUCUUGAUGUGACCAGGAUCGCCCACAGACCCAGGACAUGCGUUACCUGGGAAGACCGUGAAGGGAAGACUUUAUACUCGGAUGUCUAGACACACUUAGUGGUGUGAGGUUGCAGUGUUGCAGAGUUUUUGAUUAUAACUCAGCAUAUUCAUUCAACAAAUGGAGCUAGCACAGUUGUCAUCACAGGACCAAAUUUUGAAUUUCUGGUCACAUGAUAAGAGGUGGCUGUUUAUGGUUGUGGCCUCUGUCUCUUGUUCUGUGGUGUCAGAUGUGAACUUUCAGGUACUAAAAUGGCAUUAA